CAUUGAGGACCUCUCCACCUCUGCAGUCUUCGCCUGUCUCCUCUCACGAUCCGUCCGCUACACCCACAAUUCCCCGCGCGAGGACAAGAUGGAAGAAAGCAGCGACCGCAGGAGAACAAUGUUUUGGCAAUAAACCCCCGAAGCGGCGAAUACAGAAAGGAUACAGGCACGUUUGAAACCAACUGCGGUCAUGCGUAGGAUAGUCUCCUCCUGCAUUCCUCAUUAGAUUAAUUACCCUCCUUCUCCCCUGCACAGAGACAAACCACCACCAUGAGUAUUAUCCAAGACAAGUUAGGUAAUGAGUUUUUGCGCAAUGGUGGCAUGGACCCCAAUUUUGCACCAGGUAUGCUCAUGUUCAGCCACUUGCCACCAGUCACCAGCUUUACACGGCUGGCCUCCCAGUCAGUUAUGGGUGAGCUUCCCCAGGAAAUGAUCCUUAAAAAAGAGCGCGACUCACCCCCAGAUCACCAGGGUACCACUGCUGCAAACACGGUGGGCUUCCUACACAGCAUGGGCAUUAAACAGGAGAGACUAAGUGAGGUGGAUUACCGAAUGCCCCUCUACAGUGGGGGUGGAGGAGUAGGGGUGAACUGUGUUGGAGGCGUCGCAGGGAAGAGUGGUACUGACAUGCCAGAUAUGUCUUUUGGCAACCACCACCAAAAUCACCAGAAUAUGCUUCUGCAUGACCUCAGCCUCAGCAAUGUUCGUUCCUUGGGAGAACCGAUGCCUGGAAGACCAGGUAAAGAGCCAAAAGAGUCCUCGGGUAGAAGAGGACGGAGGAGCAAUGGGGAUGGCCAAGGAGGCAAAGCUCGAAGAAAACGCAACGAUGCUGCCAAGGCCAUGAUGUUGGAUGCAGAUGGAGCCUGCCUGUCCCCUAACUCAAAACCACAUAUCUGUGAGCACUGUAACGCUGCCUUUCGCAGCUCCUAUCACUUGCGCAGACAUGUGCUCAUACACACAGGUGAGAGACCUUUCCGUUGCAGUCAGUGUAACAUGAGCUUCAUCCAGAAAUACCUGCUCCAGCGGCAUGAGAAGAUCCACAGCGGGGAAAAACCUUUCAGCUGUGACCAAUGUAACAUGCGCUUUAUUCAGAAAUACCACAUGGAGCGGCACAAAAGGACACACAGUGGCGAGAAGCCUUACCGCUGCGAUACAUGCCAACAAUUUUUCUCAAGAACAGACCGGUUACUGAAGCACAAACGGACGUGUGGAGAAGCCAUAAAGAAGGGUUUAGACCCAAACAUGCUGGAGCUUAGUGAAGCAGAGCUAGGCCAGGGCAGCUAUUCACUCACUCAGGGAAACUCUACCACCUCUGGACGCAAGAGGGCAAAGUCCAAAAACAGUGAAGGUAGCGAGCGCAAGAGGAAGAAGAAUGCCUCAGCAGCAUCAGCCUCAUCUUCUGGCGGUAUGGCCCGUGACCUGGGCCUGCAGGACUUCAACAUGGAAAACCCCUCUGGCUCUGACCCCGCCAUGCAGGGACGUGCUCCAAAAUUGGUCUUUAAGAAAACAGGUCGCAAAGGGCUUGAUAAGGGCCUUCUUUCUCUUGAGGACAGUUCUGAUGGAACAAAACUGUUAGGUCAGAAGCCCAGCUCCAUGGAUCAUGUGGAGGGUUCUGGCCUUGAUAACAUGGGUCUACUCCAGGGACCUGUGGGCAAUAAGCCUGGUCCCACUACCAGCAGCAACUAUGAUGAUGCAAUGCAGUUUGUCAAAAAGCGGCGCUACCUCCAUGCAGUUAACAAUGACUAUGGAGCUGGCUCACUUCACAUGGCGUCCCAGGGCAGCGGUGUAAUCCAGGGUUCUCUUGGACCAGAACCCACACUGGCCAUGCUGGACUCCUCGCCGCUGGAACUCAAGCCUGACAAGUCAGGGAUUCCAGAUGAGGUGCUGCAAAGCCUGCUUGAUCAUUAUAGCCAUAAGCCAGAGGGAACACACCACCAUGACGUGACUUUCGACUUGUCAGACCACCCGCACCAUGUAGACCUCCAGCCAGCAGCACCUGUUACCCCAGAACUGGAGGACGACUCUCCCAACGGUGGUGACAAAACAGCUGUGAUGAGCGAAUACUCCAAGUUCCUCCUGCAGGCUCUAGAGCGCACCAGCCACAGUGGACCCUUCCCCAGCCUUGGUCCAACGGGACCUUUCCCACUCCUGUCCAGCAGCUCCAGUCCCACGGGGCCCUUGUUCUCUGACAAACACGUGUAUACCACAUCUCCACUGGAUUGUGGCUUUCCACCUGCUGUGUCCUCCCCACUGCCCAUAGUUGCCCCUUCAUCAAACUCCUCUUCAUCUUCCUCCAAGUCCCACUAUGGCAUGCUUGUCGGAUCCCCCUCCCAGACAAGCUACCACCUCAGCUUGGAAUCUACUAGUCACCAGCAGCUAACUCCAUCUCAGGAGCUGACGGAACAGUUGGAGAAACAGCACUCCCCUGGCACCUUCAACUUACCCCCCCAGGAGCUAACUGCCACAGCAGAGGGCUCCAAGGGACAGCAACCUAAAGCUGGAGGGAGCACUGCACCCACCAAUGGUUCCACCUACCCAGACCUGUCCCCACUGAACCCCCAAAAAGAACCCACCUACCAGAUCGAGAACUUUGCCCAAGCCUUCGGCUCCCAGUUCAAGUCUGGACGGCGGACCCCUCUGAGCUAUGGUAGCGAUCCUGGGUCAGAGGUCGACCACAGAAUACGGACUCCAGUGUCAGAAUUCUCAGGGUAUACUAGUUUGUUAGCUGACGUAAGUGAGCCAGUGAGUACAGGAUCAAAAACCCCGACAAGCCAAAGUUUCAGAUAAGGGUCAGGCGAGGUGAAGCCAGUAGGGGGCUGUUGUUACUGUCCACACAGUCCCUGCACCUGCUCUAAUUUUGUUCCUGUAGCAAAAUUUUGUUUUAUGAACACUGCCAUUAAAUGUUAAUACAAAAAUGACCAGGGAGGGUCUUCUAUGGCCUCAAAUGCAAUUUUUUUAAAAAAUAUUCUUGUUUUUAUUAUGUAGUCGCCUAUGUUUUAAGAGUAGUGAUUUUGAUAUGAACAUACCGUAGAUUUAAUGUAAUUUAAAACAUUUAGAGGGUAGCUAUGAACUUGCUUGUUUUUUCCUUCUUUUUCUGUACCCUUGUGUUUUAUCAAUCAUCAUACCAUUGUAAAGUAAUAAUGAAUAAUGUUGAUGAUUUCAGUAAUGAUAACAUUGUGGCAGGGAAAGGCCCAGAAUUCAAAUGGCAAAAAAAGUAUAUAUUGUCUGUUACAAGAAACGUAUUAACUCAGGAAAAUAGGCGAAAUUGUGUAAUAAGACUUUGUAUUAUGAGAUGCAAUUAGCACAGUUUUUACAGGUGUACUUCAAGACUACAAAGCUUUGAUUUUUUUUUUUCUUUUUUUUGUGUGUACUUUUUUGUAAUUUGUUAACAACAAAUUCGCAAUACAUGAUGUUUGGUUUCUACUGCGCAUAGCUUUGUCGAGAUAAUGGUACUGUUGUCUCAAUGUGAAGACAUCCACAGUUUUUUUUUUUUUUUUUUUUUUUCUGCGAGUCUGCAAGUCUACAUGACAUUGCAUGAACUGUAGUAGCGUUUAACCCGUUGAGCUCACACGCCAUGCUCUGAAGUGGACGUGUUUUAACGUAACUGACCGUUGUAGUUGUCAGUUGGCGGAACUUGUAAAACCGUACGGCGUCUGUGGCAGCAGGAUACAAGCAACUAAAGAGUAUCUGUUUAUCACCAUUAUGUCUCAGAAUGCAAUGAACUCCACCAUUCGGUGAUCUUUUCGUCAUGCUGUUGCUGAAGUAAUUUUAGUUGUUUUUUCAAACGAGUCACCACUUUUCUACUCCACUCCUUGCUGUUCCUUUUUUUGUCAAUGGAAUCAAACAAGCACUUUUUUAAACAAAUCAUUGGAAACAACAAUAACCCAUUCAAUUUGCAUAUGUGAUACGUGAUUAUUAUGCUAAUUAUUAUUUUUAAGAGGAGAAAACUGUGAAUGGGA